AUGGUAGACCGAGCUGGCGAGAAAUGGAUUGAUGAAUUAGAGUCCAUUUUCUCUAUGAUGACCUAUACUACUAAACAACGCGUCCGAUUGGCUACUUUCAAGCUUAAAGAUGCAGCAAAACAAUGGUGGGAAAGUGUUAAGCCUAUUGAUGGAUCUGAAUUGACUUGGGAGCAAUUUAAGAAGAGGUUCUUUGCCUACUACUUCUCGCCAACUAGUAAUGCUGAUGAAGAAUGGAAGUGUGAGCAAUUCCUUGAUAAGAUAAGGCUUGAGUAUAGCAGGCAACUAGCGGCUCAUGAUAUUGAUUCAUUUAAAGUCAUGUGUAACAAGUUCAGGGCUGUUGCUAGAAGAAGCCAGAUGAAUGAUGGUAAUCGACGAGAUGGCCAAGGCCGAUAUUCCUCUUUUAUGGGCCCUACUUGGGGUAUGAGCAAGAAGUCAACUUAUAGCUCGGGAUUCUCUAAGGGUUACAGUGGAGGUGGAGAAAGCAGUAAGAAGAAUUUCUCUAAGGGAUUACAAUAUAAAGGAUCCCAAUCCAAGAGCUUCCAUUCUAAGAGCUUCAGAGGUCGGAGCCAAGCUUCAAGGCAAGACUCAACUCCAUCUAUCAUGGGACCACUAGUGGUGCGAUCGCAUUGUGAUAAGUGUGGAAGAUUUCACGUCGGAGACUGUUGGGCAUGCUACAAGUGUAACAAGAUGGGUCAUAUCGCCCGUAAUUGCCUAAAGGCUGUGACUGAUGGGAGAUCUGUUGUUCCUGCUCAUGUCUUCGCGAUGUCUAAAGAGGAAGCAGAAGCUUCUCUAAAAUUGAUCAAAGAUUGUAUGACUAGACUUAAAAUGUUUGCAUGUGAAAUGGAUGUUGUUAUUAAUGUUUCUACACCGAUUGGAGCCUCUGCCAGGAUCAGUCGUGUGUGCUUUAAUGUUAAUUUGAAGUGUAGUGAUAGGGUUACAAUCAUUGACUUAAUUUGUUUGCCUUUGUCGAGCAUUGAUGUGAUUGUGGGAAUGGACUGGCUGUCAGCUAAUGGAGCGACUUUAUACUAUAACAAGAAGACAGUCCUAUUACCAGUGGAUACUACUACUUUUGCAGUCCUUGAAAAGACUGUGUAUACCAUUAUGGUGGACACAGAAAUGCCUAAGUUCUUGUUUGCUACGGAAGUCAAGAAGUCAGAUCAAGAAGGAUGCCAAAUGUUCAUGGUGUUUUGUUUAAUGCAAGGAGACAAAGAACAAAAGAUUGAUUAG